UUUUUCUUUAUUGAGCAAGAGAAAGGAGGCCUCUAAGAAUCUGACUGCAUAAAACUAGAGCUGCCUUUUGAAAGGGUUCAUGACAAGGCAGAGGCUGAGGCUGCCAACAAGAGAAAACAAUGGCUGAAGAAAAUGACAGUUUUGUGAAACAAAUGAAUAAGAUAUUUGAUGAGAAUAAAGAAAACAAGAACAAAGAGCUUUUUUUUACUUUCAAAGGAGUUUUGUAUCCUAACCGCCUUUGUAGUGCAGAAACUUUUGAAGCACUGGAAACUUUUGAAGCAAGAAAGGAUGAUAUGCUGAUAAUUGCUUAUCCCAAAUGUGGUACCAACUGGGUAUUUCAAAUUCUAAGGGAAAUGGUAGUUGCAAUUUCAAGUAAUAAGGAGUUACCACUACAAAGACCCCUUUUAAUGCUUGAAUUUGGAGGCCCAGAAAAAUUUCUGAAAAUGAAAGAACAACAAUCUCCCCGUUAUUAUAUAACUCAUCUCCACUACGAUAACAUUCCAAAAUCCUUUCUGGAGAACAAAGUGAAGAUGCUGGUGGUAUUUCGAAAUCCUAAAGAUGCAGCUACAUCCUAUUAUCAUUUUUACAACAAAAAUCCUUUGCUCCCUAAUGCCAGUUCCUGGGAUGACUUCUUUCAAAAGUUUAUGAGUGGUGAAGUUGCGUGGAAAUCCUACUUUGAACAUGCUCUUGCUUGGGACAAACAUAUGGAUGAAGAAAAUGUAAUGAUAAUCACCUAUGAAGAACUGAAAGAAGACCUUCUGGAAGGAGUCAAACGAAUUGCUGACUUUUAUGAACUCCCUCUGUCUGAUGAGAUGAUUAAGUCUGUUGCAGAUAAGACUACCUUUCAAGCAAUGAGCAGCAAAUCUCCAGAAGUUCUUGGUCACUUUGCUUCUGUUAUUUUCAGAAAAGGUGAAGUGGGCGAUUGGAGAACUUUGUUCACUGAAGCUCAGAGCAAAGAAAUGGAUGCAAAAUUUGAAGCAUGUUUAGCUGGGACUAAACUGGGUGCAAAACUAAAAUAUGACAAAUAUUGCAAAUUUUAAGAUUUGUACUUUUGGAAUAAAGACAUAGCUUUUCUAAACAAGAAAUUAAAUUAAUAAACUAAUAAAAAUAAUAUAUAUUUCAA